GGACAAGAGAUUUCACCACGCAAUAAGAGAAAUUGUGGUUAGACCAGCGAGAAGAAUGUCAACAAAUUUCCCGGAUGAUCUCCUGCAGCAGUACAAAUCCCUGUCCAAGAAGCUCAAGAAAGCGGAAAAGGCCGUUUUCAAGCGCUUUGGUCCUAAUCUCCUGGAGGUCUCUGAGGAGUUUGCAUCCCUAGCAGGGAGCUUCCAGGAAGCUUUCCUGCCCGAAUAUGCUGCCCUGUGCUGGCUAGGAGUGGCCAAAUGCGAGGGAUUGAUAGGGAAUGGAGUGACAGAGGUUGAUGCUCUGCUGAGAUCCGCGAAGGCUUUCCUGGUGGCACAUGAGCGUCAGGAAGAGCUCCAUGUGCUCUCCAAUGCUGGGGAGCACGUUGAAGGUGCCCUGAGAUGCUACAAUCAGGCCCUGGGACGUCUCUCUGAGGAUUCAGCCAUGAAGGCAGCCAUUAUCCGGGAGAUCAAGAAAAUCAAGCCAAAUGCUGAGAAUACCAGCAACUUCAAUUCCCCCUCUCACAGAAUCUUCGAUCUGGAAACGUCCGCUGGAGAGAGUAUCCGGUCGGGAGAUUUUGUAGCAGCUUUGGAGAAGCUGACAGAGAUCUGUGAUGACAUUGGUGAGAGACGCGUUGAGGCAUUUUACGGGAGUGUUAUCCAUCGAACAGAAAUCUCAAGACUUAUGCUGCUACUGCUCCUGGAGCUUCCACCAUCUCGCCAAUCUCCCUCCCACAUCAAACUCUUGGAAAGAUACACCAGUACAGAUUCCAUCUGGUCAGAUCCUGAGAAUUUGCCUCAGGGCAUGGACCCGGAACUCUUCCUGCAUCUCCAGGGCCUUGCUGUGGCAUGUCAGACCAAAGACAUCGAUGCUAUUCGUGCCUCCAGGAAUGACAUCAGCAACUUUCGUGCAAUUUCACCCGAACAGUUCCUCCUGCUCGGGCGAAUUCUCGAAAAAUUCGAAGAUUCCGCCAAUGUGUGCAAGAGCUAAAUGUGACUCUUAUUAGGGCCUUCAAUAAAAGCAUCUUUUUUUCA